AGGCAGCAUCCGUGGCAGCAUCAGCAGACGGCGGGGAGGGAACUUCAACCACUGCCUUACAAACUUCAAGACCCUCAGCCUUUUAAGAGCAUCCAGACUCCACAAAACCAAUGGCAACCAAACGACUAGCCAUGGAACGUGGCUUGGUGCAGAGGAGGCACAGGGAACAUGAUGUCCCUGCCAACUCCAUUCAGUCAGCCCCAGCAGUUUCAGCAGUCAUUAAGCAGGUGUUUGACUUCCUUGUGGUGCUCGACUUCGAGUCCACCUGCUGGGAGGCUCAGGGCGGGACCCCCAAGCCAGAGAUCAUCGAGUUCCCGGCCGUGCUGCUCAGCCUUCACUCCGGCGAGGUGGUGGCAGAGUUCCAGCAGUAUGUCAAGCCUCAGGAGCAGCCAGUCCUGUCGCCCUUCUGCACUAGCCUCACCGGCAUCACACAGCAGCAGGUGGAUGCUGGUGUUCCUCUCGGCACCUGUCUACACCUCUUCAGAAAGUGGCUCAACCAACUCUGUGAGCAGCACCAGUUGACCUUCACCACGACUCGGCCUGGUCACCUCAUCGCCUUUGCCACGUGGACAGGCGAGUCACUUAUACAAUGGUUGUACCAACACUGGGACCUCGGAACGUGUCUGAAGCAAGAAUGUAAACGGAAGAACCUUGACAAGCCAAGCUACUUUAACCAGUGGGCCGACAUAAAGCGGCUGUAUAGGGAAUUCUACAAGCGCAAGCCCCAAGGCUUGGCCGGUGCCCUGCAGGACCUGGGGCUCACCUUCCAAGGGAGACAACACUCUGGGCUCUGCGACGCCCGCAACACAGCAACACUCAUCACCCGCAUGGCCCGUGACGGGUGUGUGUUGACCGUCACAAAGACCCUUGGACCUGAGGCACCUUGUGGGAAAACUCUGUCUGCCCACAGAAAGAAAUGCUAAGAGAACAGAGGGAACAUUUGAAAAAAAAAAAACAAGUGUUAAUAGCACAAAAACUGUGCUAGAUCGGCGUCCAUGACCCUCCAACACCCCCCCAACAAUUUAUAUUAUGCAACUAGGGGUCUAAAAUGGAAAAUGCUGAAAAGUAAAGAUGGCGCCACUAUAAACACUUGCCUGUGCCACAACGGGCUGGGGCCGACCAUCAGGCCCUACUAUGAAGGCCUACCGGCACCACAGGCCAAAACGUAAAAAAAAAGUAAGAAAAAUACUGUUUAUAAUGCCAUGUUGUAGGGUUCAUCAGGGCUAACAAAUGUUAUAAUACAAUAUCAUGUCUACAAUGCAUGGGUAAGCCAGGAAAACAACUUGAAGAGAACAACAACAACAACAACAAGAUGGACAAUCUGUUGAUCGACACCGAUAAAAAAGAAGAAAGAAAAUAGUCAUUUGGAGGCAUCCCGAGAACAUUCAUUCGGGAACAAUCUCCAUUCUCUGUGAGGUAUGUACGGGACCAGGUGCCAUUUAGGAUUAGGGAUGGUUUGGUAAUCAUACCAACACUAAUCCUAACUGAUAAAAUAUCAAAUGACCGCUUAAACUUGUCUCUAACUAAAUCCAAAAUAUUCCAGGUAAUGUUGUAGGAGACACACUUCACACAAAUCGGCUUCUAUCUUGGAACUAAAAAAUAUUGUACUUCCAAGGAAAAUGGAGCUUUUCUGGCUCAACCUCUUACCAAACACAUAUAUAUGCAUCAAAAGAGCAAUGAAAAGAGAAAACUUAAUCUAAGGUAUUUCAGAUAUUAACUUAUUAUUAUAUGCAUUUGUAACAGGCCAAAUUUACAAAAAAUAUGGAUUUUGAGAAUUUCUUUUGCAUUUGGGAAAAAAGAUACCAAAAUAUGAUCAGAAUAAAUGAUAACUAUGUCAGUUUAUUACAGGGAAAAAAUUUCAAAGUGAUUGAUGGACAUGUGAUUGCUCCAUUUUGCAUUAUACGAUUGUAUAUUUUAAUGCAUCUGAUUUUUUUCUGAGGAAACGAUAAGCCAGAAACAGAAUCCAAUGAAACUUGCAUGUAUUAUUACUUGUGUGAUAAAUAAAAUAAAUCAGUCAAAUUGAAUAAAAAUAAAGGUCCCACCAGUGUCACCUCCCCUUGAGCUCCAUGACCGAGCUGUGCUGAUUGCUGAUGUUGCUCACAGAGUUGGUUGAGCCUUUUUUGGACAUUACCAAUGAACUGAAGAAAUAACCAGUCACAAAUGACCCAGUGCUGACAUGUUUAUUUUCUAAGCCAAACAAAGAUAAUACAAAGCAAAACACACCCAAAUGAUGAGUCACUAGUGUCAGGGGAUUGCUGCUGGGGUUCAAGACGUCAGGUAAACAGAAUCAGUCUGACUGGUCAUU